AUGCGCCUCCCUUUCAGCAUGCGCUCUGACUACCUCGUUUGGGACCCUCCUCGUUACCAGGACGAGAACGACCGUCCAGAGAAGCCAUACAUCGCACCAGCACCAACUCCACCAGAGCCCGCCGCGUUGUUUUUCAACGGGGUGCGAAACUGCAGGACCACAUUCUCGCAAUCGAAAGCUCAGUCGUCGGCAGCAGACCAGAAGGUACAAGACGAUCCUGAAGGACCUGACAUGGCAGUACCAGAACUUCGUCGAUGCUGCAUGCAGUGCGGUGGGCUGUACCUUGAGAUCGACACCAUGUUCGCAUCUCACACCUCGCCAUGGGAUCGGUUCAGUCCGUACUUCGAUCUGUUGGCUGAGUACUUCGCUGACGCGUUCAAGCAAGACAACGGCGCAGACAAGCUAACUGCAGAUACCAGCCUUCUCUUGGCUAUGGGACAGCCAGUGAACACAAUGAAGGCAGUAACUUUCCAGCCGACGAAGACUGUACCCAAAAUCGCGAAUCUGUCCGGGAAGAUGGAUGUCGAGACUGAUCCUGUGGCGAUCCAAGCUGCUCUCCAGCGAUGGUCUGACUCCCUUGCUAGCGAGUCGAAGAAGAUGCAGCACUUGCUGGAGGACUUGCGUGCUCGCGAUGCCUCGGUCAAAGAGUGGGAGGCUGAGGUUGCUAGUCUCAAGAAGACGUGGCAAGAUCGUCUCAAGUCAUUGGAAGAGCAGGAUGUCUCCGUUCAGGUGCCAGUCCAGACGGUGAAGGUAGUGAAGGUAUCUCCCAGCUUGUUGGAUGAUGUUGGCGAGGCUGGAUCCUCAACUUUCAAAGUCGAGGUUCCUGUGGGACAUUCUGCUACUCCUCACCGGUCUGCAAAUGAUUCUCAACAGAUUAAGACCGAAGUGAAGACUCCGAAGCCAACAAAGCCUCAAGUGAAGACACCGUGUGAUGCCAACAACAAGAGCAGCACCCACCGCCAACCGACUGUCGAGGACGGUCCUGCCGUAGAUUGCGAUGCUCCUGACGAGUGCUCGAGCGAGACGGAUACCUCUAGCCAGAAGACGACAACACCGAAGACAACGACGCCGAAGACUUCGAAGACCUCGAAGACCAGUACCUUGCAUCCCUGUCUCAGACCUUCGGCACAGAGUUCGCGAAUGCUGUACGGUACAAGGCAGUCAAAGCAGGGUCACGGUCAAAACCCUAGGGGUCCAGGAUGGACAAUGUAUCAGUAG